AUGAUGCGUGCUUGCUCUGUCUUCAUUCUUUACAUUUUAUCGCAAGCAGAAGAACACGCAGCCUCGAAGAAACGAAAAACAGUAAAUGUGGAAGAUGUGAUGUUUGUCUUGAAAGCAAGCGAACUAGACACAAUUCAUGACGCCUUGAGCAGUGCAUUCGAGGCAUACAAGGCUUCGCGGCCGGCCAAGAUCACCAAAACGAAAGGCUGUCGGCGAGAUGAACGACCUCAUGCUCCUAAUCCAAUGGAACGUGUUAAGGAUAUCGAGAUUUUAAAGCGGGGGUCUGAUGGAGCAGAUAUCGAAGACAUCAUUAUCAAUCAGUAG